GGGAGGCCUCUCCAUGAUGAGAAGGCUCAUAUCAGAUUUAAGAGCAGAAGAUUAGAUUCCGUUAAACUGAUAAAGUGAUAGAGACCGAGGUGGAUUGUCGCAUUAUUUUUGUCUUAUACAUUGGAGUGUAAACAAAAGAAGGUAAAAAGAAAAGUGAAAUUAAGUGAAGAAAAGAAUUAAAGAAAUAUGGGAAAUAAUGUAUUUUCAGUACCGAUUUACUUUAUCGUACUUCGAGAGACGCUCGAGGCGUCAAUUAUUGUGUCUGUAUUGAUGUCGUUCAUUUCACAAACGUUGACGAACGCGAAUGGAGAAGUCUCGGAUCCAAAGUUAAAGCGUAGAUUUACGAUUCAAGUAUGGGUUGGCUCAUUUAUCGCACUAUUUAUUUGCCUGGCUGUCGGCGGUGGGUUUAUUGGUGCCUUUUACGCACUAGGAAAAGAUAUCUGGGGAAGUUCUGAAGAAAUAUGGGAAGGCGCAUUUUCACUCAUUGCUGUUGUUUUGAUUACAGUCAUGGGAUUUGCAAUGCUUCGUGUCUCGCACCUUCAAGAGAAAUGGAGAAAAAAGCUCAUGCGUAGUAUCGCAAAUCGAAAGGCUCGUGGUAUUGGUAGUUGGAGUAAAAAGUAUGCUAUGUUUUUGCUCCCCUUCUUCACAGUCCUUCGUGAAGGGCUUGAGGUUGUCGUUUUCGUUGGCGGUGUCGGAUUAGAAACACCGGCCACUGCAUUCCCUCUGCCUGUUGUUUGUGGUCUCAUUACUGGCUGCUUGAUUGGUUAUUUUAUUUAUAAGGGUGGAAAUAUUAUGAAUUUGCAAUGGUUUUUGAUCGCUUCUACUUGUAUCCUAUAUCUCAUUUCUGCUGGUCUUAUGGCCAAGGCUGUUUUUUACUUUGAGGUCGAUAAAUACAGUCGUGCUACCGGAGGUGACUCGGCUGAAUUAGGUGAUGGGCCUGGUUCUUAUCCUUUUCAACAAGCAAUUUGGCAUGUUAACUAUGGUAAUCCCGAAAUGAACUCUAACGGUGGAUACAUGAUUUUCAAUGCUAUUUUGGGUUGGAUGAAUACGGGUACUUAUGGUACUAUUCUUAGUUAUAUCAUUUAUUGGUUAUUUGUAACUACUUGCAUGAUGCUUAUGUGGUGGAGAGAACGUCGUACUGCUCAACGCGCUCAAAAAUCUGCUGGCGUUAUUAGUUCAAAAAAUAGCAAGGAACAGGAUCUCGAGGCAGCUAAUUCCAUGCAUUCUACCCAAUCUUCAUCUUCAAAAGACUCUUCCUUUGAAAUUCAAGAAAAGGAAGCUAACAAAGAAAUAGAAGAGGAAAGCAAGCAACCUGAUGUUAUUACAGAAGUCCGUCAAACUGCUUAGUUCAUACACACACAUAUCCUCUCCCACCCCCAACUCUUGAUUUUUUUUUUAUAUUUUAUAUUUCCUUUUCCUCUUCCAAUGUUUUUUCUACGUUCCUAUUCUUUUUGAAUUGUUGUAUCCCGUUUUAUCUAUGUCUACAUACC